AUGGAUGUCGCUUUGGCAUUGUUCGCAACACUGCAGUGUGCAGAAGUGCGAAAGCUAUGCUCCAUCUAUAAAUAUGAAUCUGAACUUCUGAAGUUGCUUGACACUGUCAAAACCAUCAAGACUUUCCUCAUGGAUGCCGACUCCAAGUGCCAAGAGCUCUGCAAUGAAGGCCAAAACUGGGUCGAGAAUCUUAAGAAUGCUGUCUAUGAUGCGGAUGAUCUGUUGGAUGAAUUUAAUACCAUCGCUCACAAGCCUGGUACUAAAAUCUCCAAGAAGGUACGCCGUUUCUUCUCUCCUAAAAAUCAACUGUUAUUUGCUGUUAAUAUGUCUCGAGAGAUUAAGAAGCUUAGGGUAAAGUUGGAUAGCUUAGCUGAAAACCAUAGUAACUUUGGGUUUAGUGAGUUGUAUAAGCCUAUCAAGUUUAAAAAGGAAACUUGUUCUUAUGUGUAUAAAGAGAGUAUAAUUGGGAGAGAUGAUGACAAGGAGGUUAUUGUGGAUCUCUUGUUACAAGAUGACUCGGAGACGAAGAUUUCUUUUGUGACUAUUGUGGGGAUUGGAGGAUUAGGGAAAACAACUCUUGCCCAACUCGUGUUUAAUGAUCUUCGGAUUAGAGAGGCAUUUCAUGGAAAUAUGUACUGGCUUUGUGUGUCUGUAAAUUUUGACACGAAAUAUAUCUUAGGUAAGAUGCUUGGGGUGAAUGAGGAGCUAGGAUUUGAGGGCCUGCACAAAAAAUUCCAAGAACAGAUUGAAGGGAAUAAAUUUCUCCUUGUUUUAGAUGAUGUAUGGUCUGAGAAUGGUAGAGAAUGGGAUGAGUUGAGAGACUUCUUGAAUUUAGGUGGUAAGGGAAGUAGAAUCUUGGUGACUAGCCGCAGCCAAAGGGUGGCAAGAGCUAUUGGGAAUGGGAGUUAUGCAAUGUAUGAGUUAAAAGGUCUCUCUGAAGAGGAAUCUUGGGAAUUGUUCAAGGAAAUAUCUCUUGGACAAAGGGAAGACAAAGUCGUUACUAGUCUACUUGAGAUCGGUAAAGAUAUUGUUAGAAAGUGUGCAAAUGUGCCUCUCUCCUUAAGGGUCAUAGCCAGUUUGUUGCGUAAUCAAGAUAUAGCAACUUGGCAGUCUUUGAAAAGUAUUGAUUUGGCUAACAUGUAUGAUGGUGCCGAUGGUGUGGACAGCAUUAUUCCAACAUUGAUGUUUAGCUAUUAUCAUCUUGCUCCUGAGCUAAAAUGUUGCUUUAGCUUUUGUUCAGUCUUUCCUGAGGACUACCGCAUUGAAAAAGAAAUGCUAAUUAGUCUUUGGAUGGCCCAAGGAUAUCUUGUUCCAAGUUCUAAAACAGAGAACAUGGAAGAUGUAGGUGAAAGAUAUUUUUCAGUUUUAUUGCAAAGGUGUUUUUUCCAAGACGUUCUGCAUAAUGUAUAUGGUGGAGUUGAGUCAGUCAAAAUGCAUGAUCUCAUACAUGACCUUGCUCGGAAAGUAGCUGGAAAGGAAACUUUGACAUCGUCUGCUUCUAGGUCACAUGAAGUUGAAGGGAAAACCCCAUGGCUGGACAACCGCCAUGUUGUAUUUGGACAUGUUAUUGAUGGGAUGGAUGUUGUUCGAAAGCUUAAAUCCACAGAAACAAGCAGAUCAGAUUGUCCUCACAAGCCAUGCAGAAUUAUCAACUGUGGAGAGCUUCCACUGGAGGCUUAA